CAGUCAAUUAACUACUUUUGCAAGAGAUACAAUAAUGAGUUUUCAAUUUCCCUGGCAGCAUAAAUUUCCACCUUUUUUUACGUAAUCUAUUCUUACUAUUUAGUCUUUAAUUUAUACUGCUUUUCUAUUAAAGAUAUUAAAUAUAUGUAUUUCAGGAUUCAACCGAAUGUUGAAACGAAAAUGAAGCAACUAGAUACCUGGUGUUCCUUAAUACUCUCCUAUUAUAAACACAAAAAAUGGUAUUCUCUCGAUGUUGCUGAAUCAGAAACUUCAGAGCUAUUUUAUAACCGGUCUAUUGAUCGCAAACUAAAUCUUGACGAAAUAUAUGUCAUUUUAGAAGAAUUGCGUCGACGAGGAAAUGUGGAAUGGGAAGAUAAACGGCGAAAUAGAUGCCUGGUUAUGUGGCGUUCACCUGAUGAAUGGGCAAAAUUGAUUUAUAAAUGGAUAACUGAAAGAGGAAUGCUUAAUUCAGUGUGUACAUACUAUGAAAUUACCGAUGGUGACAAUUCAAAAAAUCAAGAAUUUUAUGGUUUGGAUGUCUGGUUAUUGAAGAGAGCAUUACAAUGUCUAGAAAAAGAAGGCAAAGCCGAAAUAUUUGAAAGUGAUGAUGGUGGUGUAAAAUUUUUUUAA